AUGGUUUCCCCUAUGUUGAAGGUCGUGGGGGCAGCCCUGCUGCUUGCUGGGCUGCCCUGUGUAUACCCUGCGGAGCUUGAUGGUAGGGCCCCCCCCCAAAUCCCUGAAGCGACAAAAGAGGUAGUGAGCAAGCCUCGAGCUGCAACUGACCUGAGGCUAAGGGACACACAGGGGAAUAUCUUUCCUGCUCCGCUGCACUUCCACUUGGCCCUGGCGGUCCCCGUCCUUGCGUUGCUGCUGCUGCUAUUUUACCCCCCGAGCCGUCGUCAGAGCAGCGGCAAAUCCUCGACAGCAACGGGAGCAGCAGCAGUUGGACCCCCGUACGAGGGAACCCAAACCCCUGGGCCCCCUCAAGAGGACCCUCUGGCCCAGCAGCAGGAUCUCCCCUCUCAUCUCCCUGUGGAGGCCCCGUCAGAUCCCCCUCAGGCACAGAUGGGGGGCCUUGAUGGCGAGUCUAACGACGGUGAGCCCCACUCAGGAGAUGAAACGUCGGAGGCUAAAGAUCUUCAGACAAACGUGCAGGCCCCAGGCCCCCCCGCGGAAACCUCCAAACAGCCGCAGGAGGGGCUCCCUAUAGCGUCGGAGGGAAGAGACCCCAAAGGAGAUAGCACCGAGGGCCCCGAUGUUCCGUCUGUCGUUGUCAAAGAGGUAUCAAAGGGAGAAGGGGAAAAAGGGACCCCUGAAUGGGCGGCAGGCAGGGGUCGCCUUUCCACCCCACAGGAAGAACCCCCCGCAGAACCGCGGCUGAGCCCCAACAUAAGCUGGCAGGAAGGGGCCUCUAGGUCCAAAACAGGGGCCCCACAACCUCUGCCGAUGAUGGCUCCUUCUGAAUUCCAAGGAGGACUCCUUCCAACUCAGAAGGGGCCCUCUACCCUGGCUGCUGUGGCUGGGGGUGGGGGCGCUGUUAACCAGUGGCAAUCUCCUGCCUCUCGGUUGUCCCCCCCCGCUCCUCUUCCUAGGGUGGGGCACCCAUUCCCGCUCCAUCGACAGGAAGGAUUUUCUUCACACAGUCUGGGUGGCCCCUCUGGGUUUGACCGAUUUGUGCCUCCUCCCCCACCUACCGUGGAAACUGAGAUGGGGGGGACCCCUCCGUCUUCACAGUUGGCGCCCCCAUCCGCACCUCGUCCCCAGAAAAGUAUUGAAGCGGUGGUGGAGCACCCCACUUCGCAUCCAAAACUAGGGCCCCCAACAUUACCGCGUCCCGAUAAAAAAAUCGUUAAAUCGCUGCUGAAGCGCCUCUCUUCGAAGAAAGCGGGGGUGCCAACUUCAGCUAAUCCCCAAGAAGGAUUUCUUCAACUUGAGCUGGGAGGCCCACCUCAGCCUGAGACGGUGGAGUUCCCCUCCGCACCUCAUCCCCAGGGAGGACUUCCUAGACCCCAAAUGGAGGGGCCAGCGCCUCUUGCUAGAGAGUGGUUCCCGUCACUUCCUAACGUGGGGCCCCCGUCACUUCCUAAGGUGGCGCCCGCACCACCACCUCGCCCUGAGAAAAAGACUCUUAAAUCGAUCUUGAAGCGCAUCCCUUCGGCUGCAAAGAAGUUGCAGCAGGCUUUACCUAACGCCGCAGAACUACUUCCUGCUUUGCAGCUGGAGGGGACCCUACGCCAUUACCGGAAAGAACCUCCUGCAUCAAAGUCGGGGGACCCCCCUUCUGCAGAGAUGGAGCCAGCAUCCAAUCCUCAGGGGGGACUUCCUGCACCUCAUCUGGGGUCUCACAAGGUUCUUCCGCCGAGGCCCCCUCCGCCGCGUUUCAAAGUCUCACCACCUGUCAAAACGGGGCCUCCUGAGCUGGGGGGCCCGCCUCCCCUUUCCACGAGGGAGUCUUCCUCUACACUGUCUCAGGAGAGUGAACCUUCUGCACCUGGAGUACAGGGCCCUCCUCUGCAGCCGAUGCGACCUGCACCGAAGCCAGGGCCCCGGGUGGGGUUGGUCCCUCAACCGAACGCGGCUGCUGCAGAUGAUGUGUCGGUCGCACGUAAUCCGCCUCAGCCUGUUCCUACGGCGACCCUUGUUGAUUUGGCUCCUCCUCAACAACAACAAGCGAAAGAUGAGUGGGUCGCACGUUUUCCCCAAGAUACAGGGUUCCCCCAGCCUGCUUCUACGGUGGACCUUGCUGGGUUGGCUCCUCCUGCGCCUUCUCCAGAAGAGGGUGAUGCGUGGGUCCCCCUUGGUUCUGUGGAUACGGGGGCCCCCGAGCCUGCUUCUGCGGUGGAUGCUUUUGGAUUGGUUCCUUUUUCUUCUAAGGAAGAGGGUGAUGUGUGGGUCCCCAGUGAUUCUGUGCAUGUGGGGGCCUUUGAGGGUGCUUUUACGGAGGACCCUUUUGGACCGUUUAAGCCUCUUGCUCUGGACGAGGGUGAUAUGUGGGACCCCCGUGGUUCUGUGGAUACGGAGGCCAACCACCCUUUUAGUACGAAUAUCCCUUUUGAAUCGUUUGCUUCCCCCCUUAAGGAAGAGGGUGUUGUCUCGUUCCCCCUUGGUUCUGUGGAUACAGGGGCCCCCGAGCCUGUUACUACGGUGGACCCUCCUCUGUUGACUCCUCAUCCUAAAGAAGAGGGUGAUGAGUGGGCCCCCCGUGAUCCUGUGGAUACGGGGGCUCCCCAACCUGCUUCUGCGCUGAACCCUUUUGGAUAUUUUGCUUCCCCUCCUAAGGAAGAUGGUGAUGUGUCGGUCCCCCGUGGUUCUGUGGAUACGGGAGCCGCGCAGCCUGCUUCUGCGCCGAACCCUUUUGGAUUCUUUGCUUCCCCUCCUAAGGAAGAUGGUGAGGUGUCGGCCCCCCGUGGUUCUGUGGAUGCGGGUGCCCCCGAGCCUGCUUCUGGGCAGAACCCUUUUGGAUUUUUUGCUUCCCCUCCUAAGGAAGAUGGUGAUGCGUGGGUCUCCAGUGAUUCUGUGGAUACGGGAGCCGCGCAGCCUGCUUCUGAGCUGAACCCUUUUGGAUUCAUUGCUUCCCCUCCUAAGGAAGAUGGUGAGGUGUCGGCCCCCCGUGGUUCUGUGGAUGCUGGUGCCCCCCAGCCUGCUUCUGCGCUGAACCCUUUUGGAUCUUUUGCUUCCCCUCCUAAGGAAGAUGGUGAUGUGUGGAUCCCCCGUGAUCCUGUGGAUACGGGGGCUCCCCAGCCUGCUUCUGCGCUGAACCCUUUUGGAUAUUUUGCUUCCCCUCCUAAGGAAGAUGGUGAUGUGUCGGUCCCCCGUGGUUCUGUGGAUACGGGAGCCGCGCAGCCUGCUUCUGCGCCGAACCCUUUUGGAUUCUUUGCUUCCCCUCCUAAGGAAGAUGGUGAGGUGUCGGCCCCCCGUGGUUCUGUGGAUGCGG